UCUGCUCUGUCAAGUACACAAAGAGAGCUGGGACAGUUGCAAGAACUUAGUAAUCAUCAGAAAAAGAGAGCUACUGAAAUAUUGAAUUUAUUGCUUAAGGACCUGGGAGAGAUUGGCGGCAUCAUUGGUACUAAUGAUGUGAAAACAAAUACCUUGGAGCAACAGAUGGAGAGUCAUAGGGAAGCUCAUCAGAAACAGCUCUCUCGAUUACGAGAUGAGAUUGAGGAGAAACAGAAAAUUAUUGAUGAUAUCAGAGAUAUGAAUCAGAAGUUGCAGCUGGAACAAGAAAAACUGAGUUCAGACUAUGAAAAAUUAAAAAUAGAAGACCAAGAACGGGAAAAUAAGUUGGAAAAACUUAUCUGGUACGUGACAACGCAGAUCUUCGUUGUGAACUUCCAAAGCUGGAAAAACGACUUCGAGCUACAGCAGAGAGAGUGAAGGCCUUGGAAAGUGCUUUGAAGGAGGCCAAGGAGAAUGCCAUGCGGGAUCGGAAACGGUACCAGCAAGAAGUGGACCGCAUUAAGGAGGCUGUCAGAGCCAAGAACAUGGCAAGACGAGCCCAUUCCGCUCAAAUUGCCAAGCCUAUUCGCCCUGGUCAUUAUCCAGCAUCAUCUCCUACAGCCAUUCAUGCUAUUCGGGGAGGUGGUGCAUAUUACCAAAACAUGAAGUAAAUAACAGACUGACCAGAUGGUACUUGGCAUGUGGAAAGUUGUCAUCAAUUCACUACUACUUUUUUUUACAGAAAACUGGAACUAUAUUUCUGUUCGUUGUACAUGUUCUAUAGCCAUCGGCAAUGCACCGGUUUCAAAUGUUUCAGCUUUGUCCAAUCUCCAUAUGUACAGAAGUGUGUCCAAUACACUUUUCCCUUUCCAAACCUUGUAUAGUGUAUCUAACACAUUAUCCUAGGGUAAUGAUACCCAGAGUCUGCUGCUCAAUCCCUGUCAUUGACUGACUGCAUUUUACCCCUCUGUGCCAUUCUUGUGGAAGAUUCUGUGCUUGCACUGAUGAUGUUUUGUUCUGUUUUAAGUAUUUUGGUGCAUCAGCAAAAAUGUGAUACCCAAGAAUUAGCCAUUGAAGAACCAUAGCAACAAACCAGAUGAUUUGAUUCCAUCACUGGGUUUUUUUUGAUUUUCUGUGUAAUAUGUGCAUCAUUUUAUAUUUUUAGAAAUUGACAGGGUGCAGCUAUAUAGUUUGAAAAUAGCCUCCCGCCCCAAUCUGCUUUCUAAAAAAAAUUAAGUACCUCAAAUAGUUCAUUUUUAUUACCCUGGUGAAAUGUUGAAUUUGUUUUAAAAGGGUAGAGAUGAAAAGCUAAAUAAUGAGUACAUUUGCUUGGUAGAGAUCAGAUAACAGUAGAGAUAUAGAAGGAUGAACAUGGUUAGCAUAGUUUUAGUCUUAAAAGCCAAUGAUCAUGUGGGUAUAUCAUAAUCUCAAAGUUUAGGAUUUGAUCUAUAAUGUCUCUUAUGGAUCUUCAGGUGAUUAUGCAGAAGCAAUGGUUUUGAUUAAUAUGAAUAUUAAAAGUAAAUUUAGAAUAGUGGGUGAAAGUCUAAUUUCUCCUUGAUUUUUCAGAGAUCAUAGUAGAAGUCAGAAAUGUGGGGAAAAUUCUGCUCUAAUAAGAUUAAAAACCCUUUUCCAAAGGGUUGACUAGGAAUAGGUAUGCAUGUUUAGAGUGCAGAGCAAAAGCAAAAAGGAAGAAUGAUUGAAAUAAUGUUAUAAUCCAGAGCAUUCAUAACAUUAGAUGCUAAUACUGAACCUUAUGGCAGUCUGCCCAAGAAGAUGGUAUAGUACAACCUCAUUGUAUUCUUACUUAAUGACAGACAUGAAGUAUUAAGUUGUAUUUUAAGUGGAAAACAUGGAUAACAAGGCAGAUAAACAAGAUAAAUCCGCAGCUUAAUGUGUCAGUUAUAUUUAUUUUGCAUAUGUUUUAUAUAUAUACAUUGAAAACCAUGCAUAGAAACAUGCUUUUUCAAAAGAAUAUGAGGUUCAAAAUGAUUGAAUUUCAAUGUACAUUCAUUCCAUUCUGUCACUGUGGCUUUCACUAAAAUUAACAGUAAAUUGGGGGCUGCUAAUUUUUGGGGGAGGAAAUACUUUUACCUAAAAAGCUAUUCUGCUUAUAAAGCCUUUAGAAAGAUGGUUAUCAGAUAUUUUAUCACGAUGUAGGUUAGGCAUUCUCGACUGUAGCAAAGAUGAUUGGGUCUUAUUUAUUAAAUAUUGCACUAAUUGUGAGGGAAGGGAGAAACUUUUGUGACGUGUUUAAUGAAAUACCUUAUUUUGCAUUUAUUUUAUUUCUUUUUGUAAAUGUUUGUGUUUUUAAAUAUUGUUACACAUGUAUAUUAUUACAUUGUCCACCACUUGAAAUGUGAAUUUGCCACAUUCACAAUCCCUUUUUCUGGGAUUAAUGAGGCCAUCUUUUUAGUUGCAAAUUGUUGAACACCAAGUUAUAGGCACACACAUGACGUUUACAC